GCCCCGCCGGCCGGGCCACGCCGCCGCCCCUCUCUGCCCUCGCGCAACUGUCAGGCAAAGCGGGCCGGCGGAUAUUGGCUCCCCAACACGCCGAGGCUCCUCCCCGAUCUGGAUCUUUAUAUUUUGGGAGAAUUUCUUUGAACUCAGUUACCAAGCUCCGCGAAGGAGACAAGUUCCCAGAGCCGGCUCGCCGGCGGAGGCGAGGCGGGGGCCCGCCCACCUUGUCUGCAGCUGCCGUGUGCCCCGAUUGUACUCGUCUUUUCCCUCGUGGAGGAAAACGGACUCACUAGGCUGAGGAGAACGCCAAUUAUCUGGAUGUGACCGUGAAAAGAGAACGUGUGGUUGGAGAAGGCAGAAGAGGAGGAAACGCAUUAUUUGAAGAGAAGAAUAAACCAGGCAUUGCAACCCUUCUGCAAAUUAGUGCUGUUACUUCUGAGGUCCAUCUGCUUUUAUCCCCCCGCCCCCUUCAGUUAAGAAACCUUGACUUGAGGGCCAAGAGACAGCCCCCUACAACUGGACACCCUUCUGGGUUGGAAGACCUUUUGGAUGUAGCGUUGGUGGAACAUUUAGACACUCUCCUCUGGAAAAGCCACCAUGAAUUCGGUAGCUGGGAAUAAAGAGAGGCUUGCAGUCUCCACCAGGGGCAAGAAAUACGGGGUGAAUGAAGUCUGCUCGCCCACCAAGCCCGCGGCGCCCUUCUCCCCGGAGAGCUGGUACCGGAAAGCAUACGAAGAGUCGCGCGCCGGGAGCCGCCCCACUCCCGAGGGCGCGGGCUCGGCGCUUGGCUCGUCGGGGACGCCGUCCCCCGGCUCAGGCACCUCGUCCCCGAGCUCCUUCACGGGCUCCCCGGGCCCCGCCUCCCCGGGCAUUGGCACCAGCUCGCCUGGCUCCCUGGGCGGCUCGCCAGGUUUCGGCACGGGCUCCCCGGGCUCGGGCAGCGGCGGCGGCUCCUCCCCCGGAUCGGACCGCGGCGUCUGGUGCGAGAAUUGCAACGCCCGCCUGGUGGAGCUGAAGAGGCAGGCUCUGAAGCUGCUCCUCCCGGGGCCCUUUCCCGGCAAGGACGCUGCUUUCUCGGCUGUGAUUCACGACAAGCUCCAGGUCCCCAACACCAUCCGGAAGGCAUGGAAUGACAGGGACAACCGCUGUGACAUUUGUGCCACACACUUGAACCAGCUGAAGCAGGAGGCCAUUCAGAUGGUGCUGACCCUGGAACAGGCGGCUGGCAGUGAGCACUUCGAUGGCUCACCUGGCUCGCCCCCAGCCCUUUCCAACAUCCCCACUCCGGUGGGGUCCCGGCACGUGGGGGGGCUCCAGCAGCCCAGGGACUGGGCCUUUGUGCCCACCUCCUAUGCCUCCUCCAACUACACAGCCCUCAUCACCAAUAAGCAUAGCAGCAAACCCAACAGCCUCGGGGUCAGCAAUGGGGUGGAGAAGAAGAGUGGGUCUCCAACCCACCAGGCCAAGGUCAGCCUCCAGAUGGCCACCAGCCCCAGCAAUGGGAAUAUCCUCAACUCAGUGGCCAUCCAGGCUCACCAGUACCUGGAUGGCACCUGGUCCCUGUCGAGAACCAACGGGGUCACCCUCUACCCCUACCAGAUCUCCCAGCUGAUGACAGAGCCUGGCCGGGAGGGCCUGACAGAGGCGGCGCUGAAUCGCUACAAUGCAGACAAGCCUUCGGCCUGCAGCGUCCCGGCCUCGCAAGCCUCCUGCGUGGCCAGCGAGACCUCCGCGGGCACCUCGGUGGCCGCGUCCUUCUUCGCCAGAGCUGCCCAGAAGUUAAAUCUAUCUUCUAAAAAGAAGAAACAUCGGCCUUCCACUCCUUCUGUUGCCGAGCCACCUCUCUUUGCCACCAGCUUCAGCGGGAUUCUGCAGACUUCCCCGCCCCCGGCCCCACCCUGCCUGCUGAGGGCCGUCAACAAGGUGAAGGACACCCCGGGCCUGGGCAAGGUGAAAGUCAUGCUUCGCAUUUGUUCCACGUUGGCUCGCGAUACCUCGGAAUCCAGCUCUUUCUUAAAGGUGGACCCACGAAAGAAGCAGAUCACCUUGUAUGACCCCCUGACAUGUGGAGGUCUAAAUGCCUUCCAAAAGAGAGGGAACCAAGUUCCUCCUAAGAUGUUUGCCUUUGAUGCGGUUUUUCCACAAGAUGCUUCUCAGGCGGAAGUGUGUGCUGGAACCGUGGCAGAGGUGAUCCAGUCUGUGGUCAACGGGGCGGAUGGCUGUGUGUUCUGUUUCGGCCACGCCAAGCUGGGAAAAUCCUACACCAUGAUCGGAAAAGAUGAUUCCAUGCAGAACCUUGGCAUCAUCCCCUGUGCCAUCUCUUGGCUCUUCAAGCUGAUAAAUGAACGGAAAGAAAAGACCGGAGCCCGUUUCUCAGUGCGGAUCUCAGCCGUGGAGGUGUGGGGCAAAGAAGAGAACCUUCGGGACCUGCUGUCGGAGGUGGCCACGGGCAGCCUGCAGGACGGCCAGUCUCCGGGCGUGUACCUGUGCGAGGACCCCAUCUGUGGCACGCAGCUGCAGAACCAGAGUGAGCUGCGGGCGCCCACUGCAGAGAAGGCCGCCUUCUUCCUGGAUGCUGCCAUAACCUCCCGGCGGGGCAGCCAGCAGGACUGCAACGAGGACGACCUCCGCAACUCCCACAUGCUCUUCACGCUGCACAUCUACCAGUACCGCAUGGAGAAGAGCGGCAAGGGGGGAAUGUCUGGAGGCCGCAGCCGCCUGCACCUCAUUGAUCUUGGCAGCUGUGUGAAAGCUCUUAGCAAAAAUCGGGAAGGAGGCUCAGGGCUGUGCCUCUCCCUGUCUGCUCUGGGCAAUGUCAUCCUGGCUCUCGUCAAUGGCAGCAAACACAUCCCAUACAAAGAAAGCAAGCUCACCAUGCUGCUGCGGGAGUCCCUGGGGAACGUGAACUGCCGCACGACCAUGAUCGCUCACAUCUCGGCCGCCGCCGGGAACUAUGCCGAAACCCUGUCCACCAUCCAGAUUGCCUCGAGAGUGUUGAGGAUGAAGAAAAAGAAAACGAAGUACACGUCGAGCUCCUCCGGGGGAGAGAGCUCCUGUGAGGAAGGCAGAAUGCGCAGGCCCACCCAGCUGAGACCCUUCCACGCCAGGGCCGCCGUGGAGUCGGACUUCCCGAUCCCUCACCUGUCCAGCGACCCCGACUACUCCUCCAGCAGCGAGCAGUCCUGCGACACGGUCAUCUACAUUGGGCCAAAUGGCACGGCCCUCUCUGACAAGGAGCUCACCGACAACGAGGGGCCUCCAGAUUUUGUCCCUAUCGUGCCGGCCCUGCAGAAGGCGGCCAGGGGCGACAGCCGGUCCACGGAGGCCGGAGAGGCCGCGGCCAGCAAAUCGGAAAGGGACUGCUUGAAGUGCAACACGUUCGCCGAGCUGCAGGAGAGGCUAGAUUGCAUUGAUGGCAGCGAGGAGUCCAGCACGUUCCCUUUCGAAGAGCUGCCGGCCCAGUUUGGGGCACAGCCCGUGAGCAAGAGUGUCCCGCUAAGCCAAGCAGCUGGGGCAAGCCCACUCUGUGAGUCUGAUAAGGAAGAUGAUGGGUCAGAUGGCCAGCUGACAGCCAGAGAAGGCAGUGAGCCCCCGGGCUCCAAGGUGCAGGGGAAUCACUCCCCUGUCCCUGCUGCAUGGCUCACCAACAGCCCCACCCCUGCCUCACCCAGAAGCAUCCCGGGCAGCAGCAGCCAGCACGGUUCUUCCCAGCUCGUGCAGAGCCCCAGCCUCCAGAGCAGCCGGGAAAGCCUGAACUCCUGUGGCUUUGUAGAAGGCAAGCCCAGGCCUAUGGGCUCCCCCAGGCUGGGCAUCGCCAGCCUGUCCAAGACCUCAGAGUACAAGCCGGCCAGCUCUCCUUCCCAGAGGUGCAAAGUCUACACCCAGAAGGGUGUCCUGCCUUCUCCCGCCCCCCUGCCCACCUUCAGCAAGGAUGCGGGCGUGGUAUCUAGUGAGUCCCUGCUGCAGCCCGAGGUACGUACCCCCCCGGUCGGAAUGAGCCCCCAGGUUUUGAAGAAAUCCAUGUCUACUGGGAGUGAAGGGUUCCCAGAAACCCCUGUGGACGCCGAACAUCAGGCAGCCACUUCUGCAGAUGCCAAGAAGGAGAUACGGAGCACCACGAUGGUGACAGUGCAGCAGCCCCUGGAGCUGAACGGUGAAGACGAGCUGGUGUUCACGCUGGUGGAGGAGCUGACCAUCAGCGGGGUCCUGGGCGGCCGCCCCAGCAGCGUCAUCAGCUUCAACAGCGACUGCUCGGUGCAGGCCUUGGCCUCGGGUUCCAGGCCCGUCAGCAUCAUCGGCAGCGUCAGCGAGGACCUCGAGGGCUACUCGAACGCGGCUCCUGUCUCCGAGGUCAGCAUCACGCAGUUCCUGCCCCUCCCGAAACUCAACCUGGAUGAGAAGGCCCGGGAGACAGGGAGCAGGCGUUCCUCCAUCAGCUCCUGGCUGAGUGAGAUGAGCACAGGCAGUGACAGCGAGCCGCCCUGCCACAGUUUCAUAGCCCAGACGUGUUUCGGGCACGGGGAAGCAAUGGCAGAUCCUCCGGCCUCGGAGUUCGUCAGCGGCAUGCAGAACACCGCUGUGGUGUGCCGAGAGAAACCCAAGGAGGGCCCCGACAGUUUGCUCAUCUUGUCGGAAAUGGGGGACGACUCCUUCAACAAAGCAACCCCCAUCAAAGGCUGCAAGAUAUCCACGCUGGGCAAAGCCAUGGUCACCAUCUCUAAUACGGCCAGCCUGAGCAACUGCGAAGGGUACAUCCCCAUGAAGACCAACAUUACGGUUUACCCCUGCAUCGCCGUGAGCCCCCGGAACGUCCAAGAGCCCGAGGCGUCCCUUGCCACCGUCAGCUCAGUCCCCAAAGCAGCCCGGUCUCAGGAGAGCAAGGAAAGUGGUGCAAAGAAAGAGAUGAAAUUUGAGGACCCCUGGCUGAAGCGAGAAGAGGAGGUAAAAAAAGAGAAUGCCUAUCCCCACGAAGCAGGGAUGAGGCACGAGACUGCCCCAGGCCCCCCAAAGCCUGAGGCCAGAGCGGAACAGGACAGGAAGGCCAGCCCCAGCGACGGGCUCAGCAGCAGCAGCGGUGAGGUAUCUGCCUCCCCCGUGGCCGACAACUUCAGGAGGGUUGUGGACGGCUGUGAGACGGCCCUGCCCAGUGUGGCUGCCCAGAGCCCUGUGCAUCUCAACAAAAGCCUGAAGUCGAGCAGCCUUCCCAGGGCUUUUCAGAAAGCCAGCCGGCAGGAGGAACCGGACAGCCUCUUCUCUCACUGCCCUGCCGAGACCAACGGCAUCGGCCCGGCUUCCAGCACCCAGCCCUCCAAGGCCGCCCUGGAGAGGAAGGUGGCGUCACCCAAGCACUGUGUCCUGGCUCGGCCCAAAGGGACUCCCCCGCUGCCCCCUGUCCGAAAGUCCAGCUUGGACCAGAAGAACCGGGCCAGCCCCCAGCACAGCGCCUGCAGCAGCAACUCCAGCAGCCCCUUGAACCAACCGGCGCCCUUCGCGGCCAGCUUCCCGGACGAGCCCAGCGGCAAGACGAAGGAUGCCGGCGGCAGCUGCGGCAGCAAGCUCUUCGGUGCCAAACUGGAGCAGCUGGCCAGCAGGACCAACUCUCUCGGCAGGACAACAGUCAGCCACUACGAAUGCCUCUCGCUGGAGAGGGCCGAGAGCCUGUCCUCCGUGAGCUCCAGGCUGCACGCGGGGAAGGACAGCACCAUGCCCCGCACGGGGAGGAGCCCGGGCCGCAGCGCCGGGGCCUCGCCCACCAACCCGGGCCCCGCGCAGUCGGCCGGGGCCUCGCCCAAGGCCAGCCAGUCCAAGAUCUCCGCCGUGAGCAAGCUGCUCCUGGCCAGCCCCAAGGCCCGCAGCCUGUCCACCUCCACCACCAAGACCCUGAGCUUCUCCACCAAGUCCCUGCCGCAGGCGGUGGGCCAGAGCUCCGGCCCGCCCUCCGGCGGGAAGCACAUGUCCUGGUCCACCCAAUCGCUGAGCCGGAGCCGGGGCUCGGGCCUGGCGUCCAAGCUGCCGCUGCGGGCGGUGAACGGACGCAUCUCGGAGCUGCUGCAGGGCGGCGCGGGGCCCCGGGGGCCGCCGGGGCGCGCGGGGCCCGAGGCGGAGGAGCGCGCGGCCACCGCCGACGAGCGCCCGCCACCCGCCGUCCCGCUGCCCUCGCCCUACAGCAAGAUCACGCCGCCGCGCAGGCCCCACCGCUGCAGCAGCGGCCACGGCAGCGACAACAGCAGCGUGCUGAGCGGCGAGCUGCCGCCUGCCAUGGGCAAGACGGCGCUCUUCUACCACAGCGGCGGCAGCAGCGGCUACGAGAGCAUGAUGCGCGACAGCGAGGCCACCGGCAGCGCAUCGUCCGCCCAGGACUCCAUGAGCGAGAACAGCAGCUCCGUGGGCGGGCGCUGCCGCAGCCUCAAAGCCCCGAAGAAGCGUGCCAACUCAGGUUCCCAGAGACGGAGGCUCAUCCCGGCGCUGUCCCUUGACACCCCCUCCCCUGUGAGGAAACCGGCCAACAGCGCAGGGGUCCGUUGGGUGGACGGCCCCUUGCGCAGCACCCAGAGGGGCCUCGGGGAACCUUUUGAGAUUAAAGUCUAUGAAAUCGACGACGUGGAGCGGCUGCAGCGGCGACGAGGGGGCAGCAGCAAGGAGGUCAUGUGCUUCAAUGCAAAGCUGAAAAUCCUGGAGCAUCGCCAGCAGAGAAUUGCCGAGGUCCGAGCCAAGUACGAGUGGCUAAUGAAGGAGCUGGAGACGACGAAACAGUAUCUGAUGCUGGAUCCCAACAAGUGGCUCAGCGAAUUUGACUUGGAGCAGGUUCUGGAGCUGGAUUCCCUGGAGUACCUGGAAGCGCUGGAGUGCGUGACGGAGCGCCUGGAGAGCCGCGUCAACUUCUGCAAGGCGCACCUCAUGAUGAUCACCUGCUUCGACAUCACCUCCCGGCGCCGCUGACGGGAGCCGCCGCCCGGCCGGCCCUCGCUCCCUAUCCGCAGGCAGCCGCGCUCGGCGGGCCCUCGGUGCUGGCCGCGCUCAGCGACCACGGAAGGAGGACGAAGGUCGGUGGCAAGUCUGGAGUGAGCGUGGAGCAGAAGGUGAUUUUUCUUUUGUUUUCUGUAGGAAAGGUGCAAACACCAAACACGCAGGAGAGGAGAAAAUGAUGGGAAACCCAAGGGACGUGGAAGCCCCCGUGAGACUGAAAAAGCACUUUGAGGAACUUUAAAGAACUUGUUUGUACAUAAGAAAUGCUGGCAAAAGAGACCUCACUCUUCUCCUGGUUUGUGAGAAAAGGCGAGGGUGGACGUGGGAUUGCUGUGGAAAGUGAAAACAAAACAAGUUACUCCGAAUGACUGAUGAAGUGCCUUGCAAAUCUUUGUUAUUAUCCAAACAUUUAUGUUCAUACUUUCUUGUGUACAGAUGGUGCUAGUCAAGAUGAAAACAACAAAACGAACAAAAAAGAAAAUCAGACACAUUUUUGCAAUGUAUUUACAGCUCGUUUUCUCUUGGUGUUUUAUCCUAUUUCUGACUUGCUGUUUCUAAGUAAGUUGUGUUUGUAGAGCUAUUUCCUAAUCGGUAUGGCAUAUGAAUAAAUGUUAACUGUCUGCUAUGGUUCUGCUGGGAAGGCCACUCAGACAGAAGAUAGAGACUUCCGGGCACAAGCCAGUGUGUUUCCAAAGAAGGUUGGAACAGCAGGUGAUGCUCAAUGCCAGCUCCUACGAGUGGCAGUGUCAGCGGGCAGACUCGGAGGUCGAUCAUGGAGCAGGUGCACGUGAGCUGGAGAGAAAAGAGAGGAGAAAGGGCUGCGUCUCUAGGGGGAAAGGAGCCUCUGUGGCCUGGGCCCUGCUUACCCUUUGGGUGGGAUGUUUGUUCCAAAUAGUUUCCCCUCACACAUCCUGAACACAUAUACUAGUUCCUUUACCCACGAAUCCAGGGUUUUCAUGGCCCUCAUAACAUUUUUCAUAUUCAUUUUUAUUCCAAAGACUCUGGAUUGAGACCUUGAACCGAUUCAGCAGAGCCAUAUAUUUUUGCUCCCUAGUUUUGCAAAUUUAUUAGAGCAGAGGAUUUUUCCCAGUUUGGAGACCUUCUUGGGCUUGUAGAUGCUCAGAGACCCCAACAGUAUUGGUCCAGAACAAGGAUGGAUGUGAGGUUGCACAACUUUUCUCUUGCCCAGGGUGCUGCUUAAAUGCAAGAAGUCCCAGUCCUCGUGUGAACCAAAGCCUCCAUCCCAAGCAACAACUAGGCUUGGCCACUCAGCCUUGACACCUGAAGGCAGAGAAAGUUUUCCUGUCAUACAUCACACACCUGUAGCGAGGCAGGGCACAGAGUUUCAUGCAUAUGGAUGUACAGGGCUUGACUUUGGACCUCAUUCUCAAAUUGAGAUGUUCAUCCCUGCCACAAUUCCCUUAGGGACUAUUAUACCCAUUUUAGUGAUGGAAACCCAGGGAUUGUCUAAUAACAGCUGUGGAACAGCAGGGCGUUCGCCUACCUUCCAGGUCAGGGCCCUCUCCCAGGCCCCUGCAGCCUGCCCACUGAUAGAGGUGCCCAGGGUUUUCCCUGUCCUUUUUGCCCUCAAAUGCAGCAUAUCUCCAUGAGCCUAUUUCCAGGUGAGGCAGUCCUGGCUAACCAACUCCUCAGCCCCAACUGCUCCCCAAGGAAAAGGAACCUUUGCAUUUCUUUGACAAUGCUCUUCAGGACACGUGUAGCCCAGCAUAGCUCAGCUGAACUCAGUAAGUGGGAACCAUAGUCUUGUGAGCUUCAUAGUACCAGUCCUUUACUGGUCAGAACGGGGCACAGAUGGCCCCAUUAGCUUUGUUUGGGAAGUCAGCCCCCUAGACUGGAAGCCAGCUCUGUGGAUGACAAGUCUGGCUCUGUGUUUGGUUAGAGCACGCUCCUAUGCAGAGGUGCACAUAGAAGCUGCACUCCCAUCCGAUAGCUGAAACGGGCUAUAAUAUGGUGAAAAGUUACUCCAGAGCGGAUCAUUUCCCCCUCUAGUUUAACAAGUGUGUCUGUCCCCUUGGAAGGCAGGGGUCCCACACCCUAACCUCAUUCUGCAGGGCAGCCCCAUGGCUCUGGGUGCACCUCUGGUCUCAGCACUUGUGUUAAUGGCCUUGUUCAACAGCAGCAUAAUGGAAGCUUCUGGACCCCAAAGGAUGCCAAUCUGUUGAGUUUGUUUGGGUUUUCCAUUCGGCACCUCUUUGGUUGCUGGUUUGAUAUACACCACUUCAUGAAAAGCCUUUAACUGAGGAAUUGUCACAGGUGAGUAUCCUAGUCUUUGCUGGAAACAAACGCACUUGAUUAGUAAUCAGUGUCCUUAGCUUUCGCCCUGGCCAUGUCUUUCCCACGGGUUACCUCACUGUGCUGACUUCCUUAGCAGGCCAGCACUGGGGCCUUCAUGCCUUUCCUGGAGUGAGACUAAGCGGAAACAUCUACAGAAAUUAAAAUCUUGAUCAGUGGAAACUUUCCUAGGGGAGUGGCCUUCCGCUUGCCUCCUGCCUAAACCUGCUCUACAUGUUUGUAGCAACUUUAUGAGAUAGCCAAAGGGCUGAAUGAGACCAGGAGCUCUCUUACCAAGUCAGAUUGGCCUCGCAAGAUGCCACACCAUGGAGCUUCUCACAGGAUGCUUUUGGCCAUGGUGUAGGAGAACAACUUGGCAUGGAGGUUGUCCAUUGGCUUUUUUCCUUACUUUUCUUUUCCUUUCCUUUCUUUUCUAACGUAAGUAAGCUACAAACAUCUUAACACACCAAGUAUUUGUAAACCAUGUGAAGAAAUCAUGAUUUUUAUGCUAUAAUGUGCUUAUGCCUGGUUCUACCUAUAAGUUGAUUGUACAGCUGGUCAGCUGUUCUGUAGCAGUUCUAAUAACUGAAGAACACCUCAUUCAAUGGCCAGGUGUGAGGCAGGUCGAGGUCUCCUUGUGGUUUUGGUGACAGAUAACCUAGGAAGGCAAAGGGAAUGUCAAAGAACCCAUUAUUCCAUUUUAUUAUCCACAAAUGAAAGGACCAGAAAAAUAUUUAUUUGAAAUUAACGUUUAGAUGUGGAAGCCUUAAUUCUUUGUCUGAAAUCUGUUCCCCUCUCCAAAUAGUUUAGUGUGAGGUGGAAGCAAAACUCAGAGCCCAAAAGUGGAAUAGUGAUGUUGUUUCCGGGGAGUGAAUCCAUAUUGCAUUUCAUGAGGGGUGUUUCAUGUUGCCACAGAGUGAGAAUUUGCUUUAUCCUGGGCUCUCAAGCCCCACCUGAGAGCUGCAACCCUUGAUAUUCUUGUCCUUGAAUUCCCCUCUACAUCAUGGGGAAGCUGUCACUAACUUUCAUCUCUUCCAGAUUUGAAAUCGAAACAUCCUGUCUGUUGUUUUAUCUGCAGUUGCUAUUCUGAAGGUAGGGAGCUUGAGAUGUAAAUGCAGAGGUUGGUCCUGUGUUGACUCAGGUGGGGCUCAUACAAGGGACCCCAUGCUGGGGAGAGGAGAGAGCUGGGAUAAAAUGCCAUGCAGCCCAGAGUGGGGAAUUCGGCAGGCAGGAAUCUCACCAUUUGUCAUAAAUUAGUCUUAAGCUUGGAGUCUGUGUUCCUGGAAGGUGGUGGUGACUACAUCAUAGCCACAAAACCCAUCCAGGGCAGUGGUUCAAAAAGUCUGACACGGACACAUAUAUAUCUUGUGCCGGUUCUCGGAUUUCUGUUCAUGUUAAGCAAGAGCCCUUUUUUGGGCCUCAGAUUCUGAUGCUGAUCAUGAAUCUUGGUUAAUCCAUCAGCCUUUUAGGUGUUACUAUUCAAAAGCAGCUGUCUGAUCUGGGUUUCUUGGGAUAGAGGCAGGGCUUGCAAGAGCCCAAGCGUUUAUUACCCUGGCUCUACACACAGUUGCCUGUGUCAUUGGCCACUGCUGAUCUGUAAUCAACGCUCCCACCAUAAAUAAUGAUGUGGUGAAUGUUUUUAAAUCCCUAUUCCAAGAAGGGUUUGGGCUGUAACAGAAAUUACUAAAGAUGAGUUAAUUUCAAAAUUGAAACCAGAAGAAUUCAUGAAUUUAUUCAGUGUUCUUUUCCUGCUGGAAGAUUAGCCCCACUCCUUGAGCACAUAUUUAAAGAUUUCCUCACUUUUAAGGGCAGUGUAUAUUAAACCCUGAAACCAUGCAAGUAAGAAACACGUUGAAAACCCUGUUCUUGACAAACUGAUGCUGAAUAAAUCACCCAUUGGCGCUGGCCCUGGGGCCUGCCUGCCGCCGCCCAGGCAGUACGGCCCAUCUUCCCCCACAGGGCACGCUCUUCAACAUUGCCACACUGAAACUUGACUGCCGAAGAAAGGCCCGUGCAGCCCACUUUUCUCUAUGCCCAGUGAAGCAAAACCGACACUCAGUUUCAUUGACAAAUGCCAGUAAAUGGUCUAAAAUUUUUUUGGGGGGGGGCAGGAGUGGGUGGACAGGUAAUAGAAUAUAGUGUUCCUUUGAAUUAUAAUCUCUCUUUCUCCUCCUCCAGCAAAGAUCUGUCAACAUUUGUGGGUAAAACCUCACAAAUUGUGUCCCUUAGCAAUCUUCCCGACAAAAUACGUAUCUAUUCCAAGCUGCUCGUCAUUUCCAGAUAACAGCAUAAUUCCAAUCCAGGAGAAGCUCAUCUUCUCAGAAAAAGUUUUUGCAAAGUUUUAGAAGCUGCUUAUCCAUCCCUAAACAAUGCAUUCUGCAUUGGGGUGGCCCUGCUCGGAACCAGAGAUGAUGCCAUAAUAGCAGACAUACUUGAAGUGCUUGAGGUGGCAUCAAACUUUUAGUGCAUAUAAUCAAUAUUCUCUAGAUGCAGUUCCCAACGUCCAUGUGUGUAGGGCGAGUGCUGAAAUCCUGGCACUCACACAUCUAUUUUAUGUAGAUGUAGAAAUCACCUUCGAAACUCAAAAGGCUCACUGUUUCAUUCCCCGUACUGCUAACCAACACCCCACACUGUCAUAUUCAGUUUAUGAAGAAGUUAUAAUUUAUUUGUAAACUCAGGAUGUUGUUUUGUGGCGCCUCGUGUUUUAUAAUUUAUUUAUACACCGUGGUUGGAAAUGCUAUCCAAGUGCUAUGCAUCAAAGUGUAAGUCUGGUGGAUCUGCCUAUGGCUGGUUUUUCUCCUCACUCUAACAAGCUCUGUUAACAGAGACACAGGCAGCGGGGAGGAAAGAGAAAUAAAACAGGAAAACAGGGAUUAGGAUCCAAUCCUCAAAGUCCAGGGCUUAGUUCAAAACCUAAUUUGUUUCUAAAGUAAGUAGCUGAAAAGGAAAAGAUCAUUUCCUUUUGAAUUUGAUGAUAACGGUCUUGGAAAUCAGCCUCCACAGGCCUGAGUGAAGGAGGAUCCAGCCUCCUCCUGCUGGUUCAACACUAAAUUUCUGAAAAUUGCAGACAGUAUUAGGUUCCUACAUUUCCCUAAGACGUCCCACCCCCCACCCCUGCUGUUACUGAAGGGGUCUGGAAGAGGAAACUGAAGUUCCUUACCUUGGAUAUAUAUAGUACCUGUUUUUUCUGGACAAACCAAAGCACUUUAGUGAGUCUUACAACCCAUAAUACUUAAAGCAUCUUGUCCCCUCACUGGAUCCCUGAGAGGCCAGGAGGGGCUGGGGUCAGUAGUCUCAUUUGAGAGGCAGCUAAACCUAGGAGAAAAAGCCUUGAGCUCAGAGUAAGGAAACCAGGCUCCAGGCCUGCUUUCCUCACUCGCUAUGCAACCUUGGGCAAGUCGCUUCACAUUGCUGGGCCUCAGGCUCCCAGAUGGAAGGUUGGGGGUCAUAAUAGCUGCCCUUCUGGGAGAGUGUAAAGAGAAAAUGGUAUAGUUGAUGGGAAGUGCUUUGAAGAAAUGAAAGCUCUGUUCGGGAGCUGGGGAUAAUCAUUUUAGAUGAAGAAACUGAAGUCAAUAGCCAAUGAUUGGCCCAAGUUCACAGAGUAGUUUUAUAGCAGAACUGGGAUCUGAGUCCGGCAUCUUGGACUCUUCCCAUGAGGUGCUGUUGCACCAGGUCUGUGUGGAUAUGUGGACACACACCACACUGACGUACUGACGUGUGUGUGCACGGGGGUGUAUACGGAUGCAUGUGUACAGAAGGUAUGUGACAUGGUGGAAGAACAUAGAACAGAAAACCUGCGUUCUAACUCCAGUUUUGACAAUAGUCCUAUGGCCUUGGAUAUAUUACCCAACGUUUCUGCAACACAGUUUUCUAAUCUGUAAAAGGAGAACAGUGUGCUAAAUGAUCUUUGUGGUUCCUUCAGCUCUAGUCAUGUAUGUAUGUGUAUAUAAAUAUGCUAAUCUGUAGAAAUGGGCCAAUUUGAAAAUUGGAGACAAGACCUGCCCAAGUGCAUUUAUUGUGUCGGAAACAGCGAAUUCAUAAACAAGUUCAUAAAAUCUUACUUUAAAUUCAAUGGUGGUAUUUAAUGUCAUUGUUUUAAAUUCACUAUUUGGAUAAAAGAUUGGUGCCAUUUUAAAAAUUAAGUUCUUAGCUUACAAGUGUUUGCUGUUAAAAACUUUUAAUAAAAUUCAUUUGUUAAAGUCAGAAAUUCAACUAUUCUGUACUUGGGUAGGUCCCAACAGCCUAUUUGCAAACAGGCUGGUUUUGUGUAUGGGCCUUCGCAUAGCGAUAUAAGUUAGCCGUUGGCUUGAUCAUGAUACAUGUGAGCAGGCUACCUGGAGAACAGUCUGGAAAAGAAAGUUAUAGUUCUUAAAACCUGGUGACAUGACUUCAUUAAGCUGUGUGCCAUUUCCAGUGUGAAGACAUUGUUUGCUGGCUACGAUCUCUGACUUUUUUGUGGCAUAUGAGGUGAAAAAUGUUGUCAAAAAAGAAUCUGGUGUUUAAAAAGAAUCAAACUAUGGUGGCAUUAAAUGUUCACU